GUUAGGCUAUUGUCGAUUGAGAAAUCAAACGGAAGACACGAACGUGGCUCACGUCGUUUGCCGAUUGCGACAUGCCGUCUUCGACAUUACGUCAAUUCCUGGCUCAUAUAUUAUCGAUCAACCGAUGAUCCGAGCUUUUUCACGUUUAUCUGUUCGUAGAUUAAAAAAUAUACGUGCAUAUCAUAAAAAUAUUUGCACGUUCAUUUUUUAUCAUUGCCAAGUCGACGUCACUUGUCUUGAUUAUCAAUCGAGUUGAUAUUUAAAGUAUUCCAUUGAAGUGAUAAAAAUCUACGUGUAUUAAAAACAAACAGCGUGGGUGAGCCACAAGGGAACGACUUAUAUUUAGCAACUCGUAUAUUAACGUUGGGUAUCGUUUUAUUGCAAUGUGCUACUCUCGUUCACCCCAGUCACGCUUUCUCCGACCAGUGCUAAACCGAGCUCUGCUUUUCCAUUUGUACAAUCUGCAGCAAUUAUAUUUUAGUUCUUCGAGAAAGCGAUACCCGAUCUGUGUAUCGAUGUACUAUUUACGUUUUUCAUAAGUUUUUUCAAAAUCUCUGAUAAAAAAGGUACAAUCGCUGAAAAAUUUAAUUUGAAGGUCAACAUUUUAUAAAUAACCUACUUUUCGUUGACGUCAUUUAAAGGACGUUACUUCGUACAAGACUAAUGUGCAAGAAAUUAUUUGACCAUGGAGUCAGUGAUACGUGGAGCAUCAAGGACAAAUCAUUCCUUUUCUACAAACGUGAUUUCUCUUCGCUUCCUUACUUAUAUUUCAAAAUAUUUUAGAUGAUUUAAGUCAAUACAGGCACGAAUUAUUUUUAUAAUUAAGGUCAUAGAUUCAAGGAUUAAUAAUAUGAUAUUUAAUUUCGCGAACAGUUUAGUAUUUGUUGACGCAAAAUAUAAUAAAUUCAUUCAAUAAAUGAUAUGUCGAAACGCAAGUAUCUGAAAAUUCAAAUUUUUGAAAAUCAAAUCUAUCGCAUCGAGUAUCGAAUCGAGUAGUCGAUGUAUCGAGAAGCUUGCUGAAAGUCGAAAUCGUGAAAGUACGUAAUGGCGAUCAGUAGACGCUAGCAACAGCUGUUUUGUUGCACCAGCGUGGAUAUAAAUGUGAAGUUUGUGCAUUUCGUUGUUGAUUUCAUGGGACAAGUACUUUAUUGAAUCAAUAACAGCAAUUACAAAUGAAAGAAAGCUUGUUUUUUAUGUUGGAAGAGGAAAUAACCAUAAAUUCUCACAAAGAUAUAGGUUAUACGUUCUUUAUGUUUCUUUAAAGAUAUCUUUAAUCGCUAAUGAUGUCUAUUUUAUGAAAAUUUACUAAUGUAAUAGAAGAUUCGUUAAUCUUCGAAAACAAGAAUUCAGGAAGAUGUCAAAUUGGAACGAAAGCAGGGGUCCCAUUCCACCGCGAUGGCUCCACUGUCCACGAAAAGCGAUCAAAUUAAUUCAAAAUAAAUUUCUUGCGUUUAAAACCCCACUGUCGUCUGCAUUUGAUAGCCAAGUGCCAGAAGAAUGUCGUUUUACAGUGGAUAUGCUAUUUGCGUCGUUAAAAAGUCAAAGGCUAAAAUUAGGUCUAUGGAUUGAUCUUACAAAUACUACAAGAUUUUAUGACAAAAAGAGCUUGGAGGCGUAUGGGUGUAAAUAUUUGAAACUACAAUGCAGAGGACACGGCGAAACUCCUUCGGAAGAACAAACAAAGACUUUUGUCCAAGUUUGCAAAAAUUUCAUAUCGUAUAACCCACUGGAAAUUAUUGGCAUUCAUUGUACGCAUGGUUUCAAUAGAACUGGUUUCCUCAUAAUUAGUUACUUGGUAGAAAAUGAUGGUACUAGCGUAGAUGCUGGCUUAGUAGAGUUUGCUACUGCAAGACCACCAGGAAUAUAUAAAGCAGAUUAUAUUCAAGAAUUAUAUAAACGAUACGAUGAUGUGGAAGAUGCUCCUGAUCCUCCAGCUAGACCAGCCUGGUGUUUAGAAUAUGAUGAUUCCAAUGUACAAGAUUCUGAUGAAGGCCCUAGUACAAAAGAUAAUAGUUGCAAUAUAGAUGUACCUAAUAAAAGAAGAAAGCGUGAACAUAAUAAUAAAAAUCCAGUAUUCAUGGCUGGUGUUCCCGGCGUAACUCCCGUUUUAGAUGAAAGAAAAUUACGUGGAAUACAAAAACGUGUUCAAGAUAUGUGCAAAUGGGAAUCAACCGGAUUUCCAGGUUCCCAACCAGUUUCAAUGGAUGAAAAUAACAUUAGAUUAUUACAUGAAAAACCAUACAUGGUAUCAUGGAAGGCAGAUGGAACAAGGUAUAUGAUGUUGAUACAAGGGGAUGGAGAAGUUUAUUUUAUAGAUAGAGAUAAUAGCGUAUUUCAAGUUAGUAGAAUGACAUUUCCACAUCCAAAGAGUCAUAGAACUCUUAGGGAUACACUGUUAGAUGGUGAAAUGGUAAUUGACAAGGCAGAUGGUAAAGAGUAUCCAAGAUAUUUAGCUUAUGAUGUGAUCCUGUAUGAUGGGGAAGAUGUGAGUUCAUUACCAUUCCACCCUGAUCGUUUUUAUACUAUCCAACAAAAUAUUAUGGGUGGUAGGCAUAAAGCUCUGAAAGAAGGGAGAAUACGAAAGGAAACGGAACCGUUUUCAAUACGAUCAAAGCACUUCUGGGACGUGACACAGGCUGAUACUUUGUUAAGCGAUAAAUUUGCUAAACAGCUUGGCCACGAACCCGAUGGUUUAAUCUUUCAACCUGCUAAAGAACCAUAUUGUACAGGACCUUCUCCAGAGGUUCUAAAAUGGAAACCUUUAUCGCUUAAUUCCGUUGAUUUUAAAUUAAAAAUAGUUACAGAAUCUGGUGAGGGUAUCCUUCCAAAAAAAGUCGGACUUCUUUAUGUAGGUGGAUUAAAUGUGCCAUACAGUAAAAUGAAAGUCACAAAACAAAUAAAGGAUUUAAAUAAUGCAAUUAUAGAAUGUAAAAUUGACAAUGGUCAGUGGACUUUUAUGCGCGAAAGAACAGAUAAAUCGUUUCCUAAUUCUGCAAAUACGGCUGAUGCUGUAUGCAGAAGUAUCAGAAAACCAAUAACGACUGAACGGCUCUUAGAUUAUAUUAAAAGACAUAGAUUCGUACAAGAUGAUUCUGAUCUUAUGCCACCACCAAGGAGUAACCAUAGGAAUAGGACUGUUUUAUUGUGGUGUACAAAAGAACUUACGGUGAAGGAAAAGCGAUCGCUGCGGAUUAAUAUAGAAUUUGAUCAUGCAACAUUAAUACGUUGGUCUCCUGAUGGGAAAGCUUUUAUCAUACAUAAAGCCAUGGCAAACGCUAUUGAAGUCUAUAAAAUUGCAAAGAAACCAGAUGGUACCUUGGCUUCUGCAACAAAAGCUCUAGAAUUUCCUGAACAUCAUACCGAAGAUGUUGUUGGAAUGGAUAUUGCAUUUACAGGAAAGUACAUUAUUACAUGCAGCAAAGCAAAUGAUCUUGUAUUAUGGGACCUUAAAGGUCAGGUUCUUGCAACUGUAGAAUUGCAUCUUGGAUCUACGUAUCGAGCACGUAUAUCACCUUGUGGACGUUUUAUUGGCACUUCUGGAUUUGUUCCAGACCUAAACGUAUGGGAAGCGGUAUUCAGUAAGGCCGGAGAAUUUACACAAGUGAGCAAGGCUUUCGAUCUCGGCGGACAUACGUCUGGAAUACUCGAUUUUACAUUUAGUGCUGAUAGCAGUCAAAUGGCUACUAUCUCAAAAGAUGGAACUUUCCGUUUGUAUAAUACAAAAGUUGAGUUUAAGAAAGGAGAAGAUCCGCGCAUACUUCAAAUUGGAUUAUGGGAAAAUACAGCAUCAGCUAAUAUUGCACUAUCUCCAAAUACUGAAGUGUUGGCAAUAGCUCAUGGAUCCUCGUUAAGUUUUUAUUCUACAAUUACUGGCUUGUUAGACAAUACUAUAGAAGAUAUUUUUCAAGGUCCCAUUAUGUGCCUAACUUUCGAUGCUGUGGGAGAAUACAUCUUGGUUGCUGGCGAUAGACAUAUAAAAGUUUUCCGUAAUAUCACUGGUUAUCGAGUGGCGAUUGAAUCCGCAAAACGCAAGCUAACACAGAGACAAACGUCAGCAACUAAGGAACGACUGGAGAAACUUAUCGAAGAUAAUAGAAAAUUUUUACAGGCAAUGGGAGAAAAGUGUCCUUAAUGGAAUAAUUUUGAUGUUCUUUAUAAUACCUCUAUGAUUUCGUUUACAAAUAUUAAAAUACAACUUGAAAUAACAUUUUCCUCGCAUAAAAAUAAGAUUGUAACAUACUUUUAUAAUCUUGAAUAAAGAAGUUCAUACGAA